AUGGAUAGGCUAGUGGGUGAGGCUGUUGAAGCCAGGGGUCGUGAAUCUGUCGACAGAUCAAUAACCGGGGACUGGGUCAAGUCACUGAGGAUCGAGAUGAUGGUUCAAAUUGCCGAUUCAGACCCAUGUUGUCCAUUACUUCUACCUUCGUUAUAUUCAUCUAUUACGAUUUCUUCUUGUUUUUCCUUUUCUACAUCACUAAUUGGUUAUAUCCCUCUUCGUUAUCUAUCUAUCUAUCUAUCUAUCUAUAUAUCUAUCUAUCUAUCCGUGUUCUCUAUCUUUCUAUCCGUGUUCUCUAUCUAUCUAUCUAUCUAUCUAUUCAUAUCUAUCUAUCUAUCUAUCAUCUAUCUAUCUAUUCAUUCUUUAUCUUUAUCCAUCUAUCAUAUCUAUCUAUCUAUCUAUCUGAAUGUAUCUAUCAUAUCUGAAUGUUCUAUCUAUCUAUCUAUCUAUUCAUUCAUUCAUCUAUCUAUCUAUCUAUCUAUCUAUCUGAGUGUGCUCAUUAUCUAUCUAUCUAUCUAUCUAUCAUCUAUCUAUCUAUCUAUCUAUCUGAAUGUGUUCAUAUUCAUCUAUCUAUCUAUCUAUCUAUCUAUCUAUUAUCUAUCUAUCUAUCUAUCUAGAUGA